GACGUACAUGACGAAGGCGGAAAUAUAUACACCUGAAAUCUCUUGCUAGCAACAAACGCAGCACAAGACAACAAACAUGGCGGCCUCCUGUUCGGUAGUGUGCUGUGGAGAAGAGAACGACUCGGAUAAAGCUGUUAUAUUUCGAUUUUCCAAUGGCAGUGUCCAAAAUGCAGAGAAACUGGAUUUUACAAUGUACAAGAGCGCAGAUGAGAUUAAUCCCCGGAAAAAAACGAGGCGUAUUGUGGUGGCUGAAUCGCAAAGAUUGUCCUAUGUUGGACAAAAUUUCGGAACAGGAGCUCUUAAAUGCAACAGUCUUUGCAACUAUUAUGUUGGAGUUCUCAACAAGCAAACCAUGCAAAUGGAAUUGCACAGUGCGCAGCUCUUUAAUAUGCAACCUGUUAUACCAGGGGAGAGCUCAGUGACUGCUGACAAAGACACAACUCAGACAUACAAAGAAAAGGUUGACGCUCUGAUUGAGGCGUUUGGUACCAACAAACAGAAAAAAGCUUUGAACUCUCGCAGACUCAACAAAGUUGACAGCAACAUGCUGCAGCAGGUGGUCACAAAGGCUGCCAACACGGUUAUUGAUGAGAAGGGUCUGGAUGCUCUGCAACAGGAAAUUGCUGAGACGGAGGCACACACAGACUGUGCUCUCCACAUUCCUCCGUCCAAUGCAGAUGCAGAGACACCUGAGGAUGUCUACCCACUGGAUGAAAUCCUAAGUCCAGUGGACUUUAAGGCCUUGGAGGAGGCCGGUUCCAAAAUGGCAGCACUCACUACUGAAGAGUUACAGAAAAUGAGAGAGAGCGGAAGGGUUCUUUGUGUCGUGAAGCAUCUGGAAAACCUGCCCAGUGAUGACGAAGCCCGAAAGAAGAUGGCGUGCUGCGCUUAUUACCUCUCUCUGCUUCUCAAACUGUCGCAGCAAAGAAGCAUCAGCCGAAAGUUUGGUAUGGAGGAAGGGUGUCCUCGCAUUGUGCAGAACAAACUAUUCAGAACAUUCACAGUGGAGACUUUCAAAAAUGGCAGGGUCCAGAACAUGGUAUCUGCUUCAAAGAGUGUCAAAUUAGCAUCAUACUGCCUGGUUCUGCUGCUCCAUAUGGGUGACAUGACUGUUGACCUCACAUUACUGCAUAGGGACUUGGCAUUGAGUGAGGGCAGGAUAAUUGAAAUCGCCAAGUCAUUGGGCUUGACCAUGGUGAAGCCCCGUGGAAAAAACCUUAAGGCUGGCCUGCAUGAUGAACACAAACAGGCUUCCCUCAUACUCCCUCUGGUAAAAUAUCAGCCGUUUAUGGAGAGAAGGAAACGUAAAAAGAUGCAUUAAGGACUGACCGGCAAAGAUGACAAGUUUAUUUUGUGAACAAAUAAAGUGAAAAUGUUUUAAAUGUUGCACAGUUGUUGCUCUGACAGAUGCAAAGAUUAAUGUAAAGAUACUGCAUUUCAGAUAACAGUACAUAUAGCUUAAAAUGGGUGUAAACGUAUAGGCACAUUAGUCGACGUCACAUAUUGCACAAUGAACAACAUCUACCCUCGUAAGGUGAUUAUCACCUGUGCGUCUGUGGAAAGAAGUGUUUGGUUGGAGGAGCAUAGACUCACAAGGAGAUGAUGAUUAUCAAGAUGUAUUAAAGAGACUUUUUCAAAGCUCACCUUCCAGCUGCCAUUACUCAAAAUCUUCAAACAAGGCACAGCUUUACAUCGUAGAAUAUUUAAGGCAACAUCUCUUUUGGAGUUUGAAUGAAUGUUUUUCAACACUGGUAGAACAUGCAAAAUUACAGAACUUCUUUGAAUGAAAAAGAAAAAAUUAAAACUGGAUCCUUACUGUGAUUUUUGACAGACGUAAUCUAGACAAUAUACUACUUCCAACUUCCUUAAUGGAUAAAUGCAGGGCAGAACACAAACCAUGGAGGUGUUAAUAUAAACAAAGCAAUAAAUAGUGAC